AAAGACAUCAACCAGAAAAGAUGGCGACAACUUUGAUCCAAGUUUUGGCAGUCUCGGUAGCGGCUCUGAUGAUGGCGCCAUCGACAAUGGGACAAUCUAACUGUAAAUUGAACGGCCUCGGAGAUUGCUUCAUGUGGCAAGAGAUUACUGAUUGUAUAAAUGGGUACUUCGCUCCGGGUAAUCCAAACGCUGCUUGCAAUACCGUUGGUGCAAGAUGUUGCCAAUCAUAUGACGGCGUAGAUUACCAACGAGAAAUGACAGAACGACAGAGUGAUGCCGAUGGAUUGUGUACUGCUGCCAACGGGAAUUGCCGUCAUUUUUCGAACUACUGUGCCGGAAACUACAACGGCAAUGCCGCACAUUGUGCUGGUUAUCCAGCACGCCAAUGUUGUGUGUAAGAACACAUUAUUUUUAACGGAAAAAGAAAUCUAUGUAUUCGGAAAUAUUGUAAUCAGAAAAUGUUUUGUUUCUAAAUUUAUUAUAUAUUAUCAUAAUCUUCAUGUGUAGUUGUACAUGUUAUUAUCAUAUGUUGUAAUUUAUUUUUUGACAAAAUAGAAUAUAUUUACUCAGAGAUUAUAUAGCGAUCAAAAAGCA